AUGAGCUCAGCUGUGCAUGAGGCACCGUUGCGUCCACCCAUUGAUGCAUCAGUGAUGCAUCUUAUUGGGCACCCACUUCCCGUACUAACGAACCUUGCGUGUACAGACAGGGGUAGUGUCGAUUUGUUCAUGGCGAGUCUGUCUCGCCCAAUCCUCGUGAGCUCGUUGUCGCUUCCCACCCUUCAGACAGAUAGAGGAUCUCAGAUCGACUUGCAUGCUGCUCUUUCUUGCGAUGGCGCCCGACAGCUCGAGUCGCUCGGAUGUCAAUAUGGUGCACUAAAGCAGACGAAACCAGAACUAGCCCUCUAUGGACUAUGCACGCACAAUGUAGAUGACCUUGCACGAGUGCGCGAUGCAAUGCAGCUGCCGUUCGAGCUGCUUAGUGAUCCAGACGCUGACUUGGCAUCAAAAUUGGAGUUGCCAAUGUCGCAACAUAAUGACUGGGCGCUCAUGCCCUGCACGUUGCUGAUGGAGGAAGGAAGAAUCCUCCACGUUGACUAUCCUAUUGACGAUGUGAGAGAAACGGGAGUCCGUGCAUUGGAGCUUUUGCGCAAGACGAUGGAUCCUUUUGUAUAG